UGUCGGUCUCUCUCUAUCUUUGCUCACAGACAUAAGAGAAGGCUCCCCUUCAUCAUAAGCAAAAUAAAGAGAGCAUUCGACAAAAGCAAUCUCUUUCACUUUCUCUCUAGACCUGUUUUAGAUUUGGGUUGAGAAAAAAACUCAACCUUUUUGGUUCAACAGAGCCCACAAGCUUGAGAUUUAAGAAUAACCCAACAAAAUAUCUUCAAGAUGUCAAUGCAUUCUGCACCCAAAUCUCGCGGAAAGAAGGGAAUGGUGAAAGAAGAUUUCAUGAAGAUGCAGCAGCAGCAGCAGCCUCAGAUGCAGACUGUUCUUAGAGUGAAUACGCAGUGUCAGUGUGAAGGAUGUGCUUCAAAGAUUAGGAGCAUAUUGAAGAAAACUAAAGGGGUUGAGUCUUGUAAGAUAGAUCUGGAACAUGGAAAGGUGACUGUAAUAGGAGAAGUGGAUCAAGCUAAAUUGAUAGAUAAGCUUUCCAAGAAGACAGAUAAGCAAGUUGAGCUAUGGGGUUUUCCAAAAGGCAUGAACAUGAACAUGAACAAUCUAAACAACCAAAUGAAGAACAUCCAUAUGUCAGUUGCAGAGAGUGGAAAAGGUGGAAAAGGAAACCUUAAACCUCAGAAAAAGGGUGGAGAUGAACGGGAUAUGAUCAACUUCCACCAGAUGAUGAACGGAAAAGGAGGUAUGGCUGCGGAUUUCAAGUUUCCUCAUCAAUUCAAAGACAUGAAGAUGAUGCCCUCCAAGGAUCCGAAAUCUGUCAAAUUCCAAUCACCUGAUCAUGAUGAUGAUGAAAGUGACUAUGAAAGUGACUACGACGAUGAUGAGUCAUUUGAUGAAUCUGAUGACGAUCAUCAUGAUGGUCAUGGUCAUGGCCAUGGUCAUAGCAAGAGCUCUGGAGGAAAGAAGGGAUUCAGUCUUAGUAGCAUCCCUAUACUAAACCGAUUGGGUUCAAAAAAAGAAGAGAAGAAGAGUAAGAAGGAAGGAAAAUCAGAAGGUGGAAACAAGAAAGGAGAAGGGAAAAAAGGGGGAGAUGAAUUUCAGAACCAAAAACAGAGCGGUGGAAAGAACAAUGGUAAGAAAAGUGGGGAUAUAUUAGAAAUGGUCAAAAAUGGUGGUAAAAACGGACAAGGAAAGGUGAAGGGUGGUAAUAAUAAUGGUGGUGGAAAUAACAAUUCUAACAAUUGGACUGUGAAAGGACAGAAAGGUGGAGGUGGUGGUGGGGGUCAUGCCAUGAAUAACAUGCAACAUAAGCUCCAAGACAUUGAUGUCAGUCAACUUGGAGCAAAUGUUGCCAGAAAUCCGGGUCAGAUGGGUAAUUACCCGCCUGGACAAAUGGGUCAGAUGGGAAAUUACCCGGCAGGUCAAAUGGGUCAGAUGGGAAAUUAUCAGACAGGACACCCGGGUCAAAUGGGUACUAAAAACAUGGGUCAGAUGGGAAAUUACCCGACAGGACACCCAGGACAAAUGGGUACUAAAAACAUGGGUCAGAUGGGAAAUCACCCUCAGGGUCAAAUGGGAAAUCACCCUCAGGGUCAAAUGGGAAAUUACCCUCAGGGUCAAAUGGGGAAUUACCCUCAGGGGCGAAUGGGUAAUUUCCAAUCAACAGAGGGGAUGAUACCAGGAAUGGCUCAAACCUACAAUCCUUAUAAUAACCAACAGCAACAAUACAUGGCGAUGAUGAUGAAUCAGAGGCAGCAGCAACAGGCGCAGCAGCAGCAGCAGCAGGCUUACGCGAAUGGAGCGUAUAAUAAUAACAAUAUGAUGUAUGGAAGGCCAAUGAAUUAUGGGCCACCACCAACACCUCCACAUGCGAUGGACAAUCAUUUCACUCAGUACUUCAACGACGAGAACACCAACAGUUGUAGUAUCAUGUGAAAAGUUACCUUAGUAAUAAUUAUUAUGGGUAUUGUUAGGUUUUUCACUUCUACCCUUGUGUAGUUAGGUGUUUUUUUAUGUUGUUAUUGUUUUAAUAUACUGAAAUGUCUUUCCUUCCCUUCAUGUUGAUUUUCCUUGAAUGUUAGGCAUGGUAGAUGUGUGAUCUUGAUAAGUCUUCUUGACUGAAAUUCAAUAUAUCAUGUUUCUCA